GUUUGCUUGAAUGCUAUUUUGAAUUUGAUGUCUUGGCCACGAUUUUGACGUUGACUGUUGAAUCUUGCACUCCAUUACAAUUCAAUCUGUUUCCAAAAUAGUCUAGAGUCCCCAAAGUAAUUUGUAUUUUCUGGUAAAUAAUCCAAGAACCAUGAAAGUAGAACCCAUAAUCUCCAGGAAUAAGAAUAGUUGACUCAUUUGAUUUUAAAUGAUGUUUGCACGACAACAACUAUCUAGCUAGCUAACACUUUUUUGCUGUUACAUGAAAGUUGGUGUCUAAAUUAAAAUAAGAAAAAAUCGAUUCUCAUUUCAAUCUCCAUUAUGGCUUCUUCAGUACUAUCUUUUGCUUUCUCAGUUUUCCCUAAUCUGAUCGUAAUCCUUCUAUUUACAACUGCUAAUCCAGUAUUAGGGUACUACAAAUCAAUCUUCAGCUUCGGAGACUCACUCGCCGACACCGGAAACGUACUCUACUCCCAAACAGAUGAAUAUGUCGGCAAAUUACCUUAUGGAAGGACCUAUUUUCAUCGAGCUAAUGGUCGAUUUUCUGAUGGUCGUGUAGUUCUUGAUUUCAUUGCCCAAUCUGUAGGACUGCCAUUACUACCAGCGUAUCUGGGUAGUAGCGGAAAGGAUUUACACCAGGGAGUGAACUUCGCCGUUGGUGGAGGCACAGCUUUAGAUGCUUCUUUUUUCGAGGAAAGAAAGAUCACCAUUCCUAGGAAUGCUUCACUUGGAGUUCAACUCGAAUGGUUCAAACAACUCUUGCUUUCCCUCUGUAAUCCAUCUACCGGUGAUUGCCAUGAAUUUCUCAAAACCUCGCUUAUUCUCAUGGGAGAAAUCGGUGGGAACGAUUAUAAUCAUCCAUUCUUUCAAGGAAGAGGUCUAGAAGAGAUUAAAUCUUUCGGGCCUGGAAUCGUUAACGCCAUUUCCUCUGCAAUAAAGGUUUUGAUCAAGGAAGGUGCAGUGACAUUCAUGGUCCCUGGAAACCUACCCAUUGGGUGUUCAUCGUUGUAUUUAACCCAAUAUAAGAGCCCCAACAAAGAGGAUUACGAUGAGAAUGGCUGUCUCAGGUGGCUAAACGAAUUCUCCAUGCACCACAACAAUUUGCUUCAAAAAGAAAUAGAUAUCUUGAGAGAAUUAUACCCCCAUGCCAAAAUUAUCUAUGCUGAUUAUUAUAAUGCUGCCAUGAAGUUUUUCGUAUCUCCUGAAAAAUUCGGGUUUAAGAAUGGAGCUCUAAAGGCAUGCUGUGGAGGUGAAGGUCCGUACAACUGUAACAAAGAUGUUCCAUGUGGAAGCGUCGAUGCAAGAGUCUGCGAUGAUCCGUCAACAUAUGUGAACUGGGAUGGUGUCCAUCUAACUGAAGCUGCAUACCGAUUCUUAGCCAAUGUUUUGAUAGAAGAAAAUCAUCAAUUCUUCUUUCCGGCUGCCAAAAUCAUUGGUGCUACUACUACCCAUCAUACUGAUGAACUGUAAUCAUUUUUUGGGGAAAUUGGAUGAUAAGUACCUAAAAUGGUGGGAAAGAUAGAGCUCAGUGACUCUCCCCGAUUGGUAAAAGAAUUGAUGGCCUAUACCAUAGUCCCGAGAAGAUUUUCGCCUAGUCUACAAAAUGACCUUGGAUUAGUCACCCAUUUAUGUCUCUCUCCGAUUAGAAAAGAUCACAAAUGAUGCCACCGGGUGAUGUUGGAUUGUUUUUCAUGCUAAUUCCAUUAGUAUUUGUUUUCCUUGGUCGAUAUUCGGUAUUCCCUACGCCUUAAAAAAAUAAAUAAUUCGGUGUUUGUUU